CCCGAUUCCUUUUCUCACUUCUUUUUCUUCCCAGCAGCCUACUACCGACCCUGACCCAGCUUUAUCUGCCAGAUUGCUUUAAGAACCCGGUAAAUCCCACAAAGUCUCCUAGCAUCCAGUGUGGCUUACCGCUCAGUUACAGCCAAUGUUAGCCACCCACGCUUAGGAGCCGCUGGUACUGGAGGCCUCCCUGGAACGCUGAAAGGCAGAGGACUGUGCUGUAAACAGGAGUUGGCUGAGUACUAAGCGGUAAGGCUGAAGAGACCCACAGCAGGCAAAGGACAGUGGAGAAGCAGAGACAAGCCAAGGAGAGCCGCUUCUUCAUCCACAGAACAGGCUUGUCUGCAGUACCCUGAGGAAGGGCACUCAGCUGGUUUGGCUGCAGGCUCAAAGACUCUGAGGAAAAUGAAGUUUUCCUGCCUCUCCUUCCGGCAGCCCUAUGCUGGUUUAAUCUUAAAUGGAGUCAAGACUCUUGAGACACGUUGGCGUCCCCUAUUGAGGAGCCAUCAGAAAUGUACCAUCGCCAUCCACAUUGCUCACAGGGACUGGGAAGAUGAUGCCUGGCAGGAGGUGCUGGUAGAGAGGUUGGGAAUGACCUUGACGCAGAUUCAGACCUUACUACAAGAAGGAGAAAAAUAUGGCAGAGGCGUGAUAGCUGGACUUGUUGACAUUGGAGAGACUUUGCAGUGUCCAGAAACCUUAGCUGCCGAUGAGGUUGUAGAACUGGAAACUCAAGCUGUGCUAACCAACCUACAGCAGAAGUACCUGACUCCAAUUUCAAACCCCAGAUGGUUACUAGAGCCCAUACCUAGAAAAGGGGAGAAGGAUAUAUUCCAGGUAGAUAUCCCAGAGCACCUGAUCCCUCCAGGGAAGGGGUGGAACAGUGAAUGCUCUAGAGAACAGUGUCAAGAAAACAAGUAAAUAAUGGCCCUGCCAUUAGUCCAUCAUAGUAUAAACUUCUAAAUAUCAUGGUGACUCGAAGCCAUUGCUGUCAUGUAGACCACAGCCCACUCUAUGUUGUUCCCAGACUCAGAUUCCUCUGCUCUCAAUGAUGGGGAUAGCAGUGAGGACUUCCCAUCUACUGUGGCUAUGUCAUUGAGAUGCAAAGCCUCAAGAACCUUGGCCUUUAUAGAAAAGGAAAACUGCCAGGAAAUGACUUUUUGCUGAAGUUCACAUUAGACCUACAGUUUUCUGUAUUGUACAAAUAAAUGUAUUAAUAAGA